AAAAAUAUAGAAACCUCGCUAUCAUUCCGACCAAAAUUUCAACGAUCAACGAUUCAGUCUCGUCGAGCCAGUCAAGUGGGAUGUAAUACGAAAGCAACCUGUUCGAUUUGAUGGCUAUGUAAUCACCUUCGCGUAUAAUCUCUAAUCACAGCACUAACUCGCUGUAUUUUAUCUAGUUAUCUUUCGUUUUCGACCGGCCAAAGAAUCACGAACAGCUCGGGUCUCGAUGGUGCUCCAAUUUGAGUAAUGAAAAUAAAUUUGAUUUACCAUUGUGUGUAGUGGACUGUGGAAGCGGAGUAACUAUAUUUAAAUUUUAAAAGUGCGUUCGGUGUCCGAGCGGUUGGUUCGAAAACAAACAGCAUCUUACGAAUUAGUGGAAUAUUAAAAUGAACAGUUAUUUGUGGUUUAUUUGUUUGUUAUGUUUCGUUUACUGCGAAGGACAACGAGAAAAUUCACAUAUACCUGAACAGGUGUUUCCCAAAUGCUGCAAAUUAACGCAAGUAAUAGAAAAGGUGCUGGAAAGUAAGGUGCUGGAAAAUGGUAGUUAUAAUUGCACCGAUGCAACGAAUUUUUCACCAUCUUACCGAUAUAAAUAUUUUGAAAGUAAUGCAACACACAUUAACGAUGUACCUGAGGAAAUUGACUUACCUCUCUAUCACUCGCCCUUAACCUGCCACUUUUAUGAGCUCUAUAUGAAUGAAACUGUAGGUUUUAUAUACAACGGAUCUUAUAUCGACAUAUAUGAUGCCAAUAUAUGGAAUUCAUCCCAUUAUUGCAUCGAUUAUAACAUUUUUGAAAACCAAACAGAAAUAUUACAAUGCACAUUCGACUUAGAAAACGAACCGAAUAAAGCGCAAUUUUAUUUCCCUUGUGUAAUUGUAUCAACAUUGUGCUAUCUUCUAUCGGCUGUGAUUUACAAAGUUAUUUUGGAUGUAAAAAAUGUAUUUCAGAAAUGUUUUAUCGGCUACAGCGUUAGCAUGACAGGGACUUUUCUUUGCUUGGUGCUUCUUCAGAAAAUUGAUAACUAUUGCACUAUACUCGGAUCUAUCUUUAUGUUGUUUAUACUGUCGUCUUUUAUUUGGCAAUUUUGCCUCUGUUUUGACUUGAUAUGUUUGAACAAGGAGGUGAUCAAAGAUUUGGGUGUAACAACAAGAAAACUCGAUUUAAUAUUGGCUGGAAAAGAGAGAAUUUAUGCUUACAUAGCAGCAUCAAUUUUUAUUCCGUGCGUACUGGUAUUUAUAUCUGUGAUAAGCUCUAAAUCUAGCAGUCCAGAUGUUCCUAAUUCUUUUAUGAAAGGACAUGGCAUGUGCAAUUUUCCAGAUUGCCGCUUGCCUUUGCUAUUUGUCCCAAUUGGUUUACUUCUUCUUCUUUCAUUGCUGUCGAUUAUUUAUUCGUUCCGCCUAAUCAAUAUUAACAAUAAGGAAUAUAACACAGAGCACGGUUGGUUGACGGUGAAGAGUACCUUAAAAUACCAGACCAUAUCCUGCCUGAUGAUAUGGCUCCCGUCGUUCAUAUGGAUAAUAGACGCUGCGCUGGAGAAUUUAACGAAGGGGGAUGCCCAACUGUACGAAAUCAUCGAAGGACUGCAAGGGAUAUUCGUGUUGGCCGUGUUCGUGCUCAAUAGGUACACUCGAAAGGACAUUUACGUCGCCUUGUUCCAGAAAAGAAGGAACCCCGGCGAAAAUGAGCCGCCGAGGCGCUACACUAAAAUAUUGCGGAAAUUUAGAACCGAUAGCACGAAUAGUGAUUUUUGUACGAUGGAAAUAAGCGAUAGUCCUUUGACUAAGCAAUAGGCGAAUUUAGUGAAUUUUUAUUUACACUAUUAAAACCCCUUAUCUAAUAUUUACUAUUAUCUCGAUGAACAUGACGAUAAAUUUAGAAAUCAAUGAAUUAGUGACAAGUGAAAUUGAUUAUUUGAAAUAUUAUUGCAAACUAUUUAUUGUAUUAAAUGAAAUAAUUAUUACAUACUGUUGACGGAAGUGUUGUUAUAAAAUAUAGUUUACGAUGUGUAAAUCAAACAAAUCACAAAUUUUACUGCAUGAAAUCAUGAGUUAAAAUUAGAAAUGUUAAAAAAACAGUUAUAGUAAAAUAAAUAAAUAACUAUAAUUACUUCAGUGUUUCAUCCAAGAAGCACCCCCUUCAGUAUUAGCAUAUUAUUUAAAAAACCCUGUAUAAGACGAAAUUUGUAAUGAGAUUUUUCACUUUUCUGUACUGAUUGUUUUAGAUAAGACUUAUUUGUAUAAAUCUGUAUUGUUCACACAGUAUUUUAGAUUAUUUAUUGUAAUUUCUUUAUAUAAUUUUAUAAUAUUGAUUCAUAUAAAUGUUUUUUUUAAAUACCAGUUCUUACUAAAUUAUUUCAAACGGUCAAAAGAAUGGGAGGAAAGGAAACGACCAUAAACAGCUUUAUUUAAAUUAUAUUCCCAUAGUACAAAAAUAUAAUUUUACAAAUAAAAAGGGGCAACAAAAUAAAGUUUUGUAAAAAAAUUAACAAGCCUACGAUGUAUUCAUAAUAUCAGGUAGUGCUUUAACGAGCAGGUUCGAUAAAUAUAUUUCCACAAUUCAAUUCUACCUGAUAUCUAGAAUUACAUGUCUGGAAGGAAAUAAAUUUUAAUGAUUCUCGAAAAUAACAUACGCUUUAUAAAAUAUAAAAAAACAAAUACUCACUUUUUAAUAAAUAAGUAUACUCAAAUCUUAAUACUGAAUCAAGUACAGAAUCUGCUCGUUUUUUAUUCCCUUUGCGAAAUUAUUUUCGAGAAGGUUCAAGAACUAAGCCAUUGCAUUAUAAGGACGUAAAAUAUUUCAUUAAAAAUACAUUGCAACAAAUAACACACAACAUAAAAUGGAGGGAUCCUUUAAACUACAUACAUUGGGCAUUUGAAUGUAGAAAAUUUAAUCGAAAGGCACAUCUAAUUAAGUGCUUAACAUCGUCGGUAAACUGCAAACAACGAUUUGUACUCAACGUGAAUCAACAUUUUCUAAAUUCAACACAAUUUUAUUACACCUAAAACGAAAUACCCACACGAUACGAUACGAAUUAAUCAAUUUAUCGAUUUUGGCAGGGUACCAACGAUGUAUUUAUUAUAGAAAUAUAAUAUAGAUUACCAUCACAAGUUAGUUUCAAUUUUAAUACUAUUCAACCUAUAUUUAGAGCUUUUGUUAGUUUAAUUCCUUACACGCCUAAUUUUAAUCGUAAUAACGUCCUGAAAACUAUUAAAUUUUUAAUGCAAGUCAUGGUCACUGUCGUUAAAAGAAUCCUUGGCUGUUUAAAAGAAAUAAAUAAACAAAUCACCGGUAUAAAAAUGAUGUAACGAUUCUUUAAAUUUUAUCAUUUUCAAUAACUAUAUAAGCAUUAUUUUUGGAAAGCGGGUAUUUAAUUAAAUUUGCAAGCGUACUUAUAAGGUAAGUAUACAAGUGCCCUUGUACAUAUGAAAUCACUGGUUUAUAGGUAGUUAGUUAACUUAACGUUAAUAGUAUAUGAAUAGUCGUAUUUAUUUGGUUUAGUUAAGGAUUAUUAGAUACUAAAAUAUGCUUGAUGCUGUAUGUUAAUGGUUUAACUGCCCUAAGAUUACGAAAAAAUAGUUCAGGUACAAGCCAAAAGAGACUAGAGAAAAAUAUAUAGCUGUUGUUAAAAUUUGUUCAGAGGCAUUUUUUAGUCAAUUAAUCACAAUAGUUUACUUAAAAUAAAAAAUGCAAUAUCUGCAAAAUGUACAAAUAAAGUGAAUUCAAUAUAUUCUCUUCAAUUAGUUUUUAAAGAAUGUAUACCUAAAUAUAGAUAAAACAAUUAGCGUUAUCAUCGAAUUUCAUCCAGUUUAACGAAUGCUAUCCGACGAUAAUUACCUACUAAUAAAUAACCAUUUUUAUUUAAUAAUUCAUAACCUCAUACCCGUUAUUAGAGUAAAACAACUAAUAAGUUCGUCUAACAUUUGGCUAGAAGGCUCCAACAAGUGAAAAUGAAAUCGAUUGCAAUAACAAGUGAACUCUUUUUUUUUAUAAUACUGCAAUUGUAUUAACAGCUUAAUCGCUGUCGUGUUUAACGAUCGGAAAAACAUUACUUAUGCCCAGCACGCUGGUGACCUUAUCUUCCGUUUGACUGAAAUAAACAAGACAGUAAUUCCCUCGACAUCUAUUCGGCAGAUCGGGGAACACCACUUCGUAUUUCCUCGAAUCUUGGCUCUUCUUGCCGCUGCCGGUGCUCUCGUCCGUGGGCGUUGCGCACUUGCUUAUGUACUCGUAGGUCACAUACUCGUCCAAAGCGCAAAAGUUUUCCUUGAAAAAAAUAAUACACCGUAAAUACAAAGUUCAUACGUUUUAAAAUGACAACGUCACGAGCCAAUGAUACCACAGCUUGUUGCAACUUUACCGGGUUGUAAUUGAAAUCUAGUAACAUUUAGAACUGUCUAGAACCAUUUAGAACGCUCCAGAAUCAUAUACAACGCUCCGGAAUCAUUUAAAACUGUCUACAAUCAUAUAGAACGCUCCAGAACCAGUUAAAACGACCCAGAAUUAUUUAGAACUGUCUAGAACCAUCUAGAACGCUUCAGAAUCAUUUAGAACGCUCCAGAACCAUUGAAAACGCUCUAAAGCCAUUUAAAACGCUCCAGAAUCAUUUAUAACGCUCUAGA